CCACCACCUAUCAGUAACUAUCACCCUCCCUUCCCUUCCCCCCCAUGGCGCCCCCUCCUUCCUCCCUCCCCACGGCCGUGCUCGCAUGGGGUUCGGGGGAGGACGGGCAGCUGGGGAUGGGCGGGUACGAGGAGGAGGACUGGGCCCACCACGUCGCCGCGCUCGAGCCGCGCGGCGUCUCCGCCGUCGUCGCCGGCAGCCGCAACUCCCUCGCCAUCUGCGCCGACGGCCGCCUCUUCACGUGGGGGUGGAACCAGCGGGGCACGCUCGGCCACCCGCCGGAGACCAAGACGGAGAGCUUCCCGGGCCCCGUCGAGGCCCUCGCCGGCGUCAGGAUCGUGCAGGCGGCGAUCGGUGGAUGGCACUGCCUCGCGGUGGACGACAAGGGGAGAGCAUAUGCUUGGGGGGGCAACGAGUAUGGGCAGUGCGGGGAGGAGGCUGAGAGGAAGGAGGAUGGAACGAGGGCGCUCAGGAGGGACAUUCCCAUCCCGCAGCGGUGUGCGCCCAAGCUGAAAGUUCGGCAAGUUGCUGCUGGAGGGACACACUCGGUUGUUUUGACACAAGAAGGACAUGUUUGGACAUGGGGGCAACCAUGGCCUCCAGGCGAUAUCAAGCAAAUAUCUACACCAGUGCGGGUGCAAGGCCUUGAGAAUGUAAGGAUGAUUGCUGUAGGUGCAUUCCACAAUUUGGCUCUAACAGAAGAUGGAAUUUUGUGGGCAUGGGGUAACAAUGAAUAUGGUCAACUGGGGACUGGAGAUACUCAACCAAGAUCACAACCAAUCCGUGUUGAAGGAUUAUCUGACCUUUCAUUGGUUGACAUUGCCGCCGGAGGUUGGCAUUCAACUGCACUAACAAAAGAGGGAGAGGUGUAUGCUUGGGGGAGAGGAGAACAUGGGAGGCUUGGAUUUGGAGAUGACAAGAGUAGUCACAUGGUUCCUCAGAAGGUCCAGCUUCUGGCUGGAGAGGAUAUUAUUCAGGUAUCAUGUGGAGGAACACAUUCAGUUGCGCUAACUAGUGAUGGACGAAUGUUUUCUUACGGGAGGGGUGACCAUGGCCGUCUAGGCUACGGCAGGAAGGUCACGACAGGCCACCCGAUGGAAGUCCCCAUCGACCUGCCGCCGCCGGAAUCCAGCGGCGGCUCCGCCGGGCAAUGGCAGGCGAGGUACGUCGCCUGCGGCGGGAGGCACACCCUGGCCAUCGCGACAUGGACGGAGGUAGACGAGUGAGUGGUCGAUGGCGUCUUCUUCGUUUUCUUUUUUGGCCAAAUGCCAAAUCCCGGAGCUGGUACAGAAAAUACCGAGUAUUUUUCGUGCAAUAAGGACAUGACGCUAAUGUUAAAAAUGAUCCUUGUGAUGUAUGAGGUGAAUGAUGAAUAAACAAGGAGGAAUAAAAAAAAAUCGGGAGCUUUAUUUCUGAAGAGAUAAAUAAACUGUGCUACUCUCUUAC